AUGAUGACAAGACAACUGAACAAGGACAUCACUGGAAGAACAUGAAGCAAAAAGAGCCUUGGAGGCUUGAGAAGUGGCAAAUGAGAACACGUGAGGCUAUUUUCACUAUCCUCCUCAUAUGUUGUGAAUGCCAGACUCCAGGUUGUGCUGUAGCUCACGAAGUGAGGGAAAUGAUACGACACAUGUGUUCUGGUGUAGACCAUAUCAUAGACAUGAGGCAACGAAAACGAACCUACCUGAUGUGCCUUCGUUGGGACCCGUUUGAUGUCGAGAUAAGAAUGUCUCUUGGUAUGCUUGCUCAUUCUCAAGGAUGGUAUGAUGAAGCGAAGUGGUUGUUUGAAUCGACUUUGAAGCUCCCAGUCAACUCUGCAGCUCAGCACGACGCUCACAAUUUUCUUGGUGUGAUGCACGAGACAAGCUUCAAUGACCCUGGACAGGCAAGACAACACUUCGAGGCUGCUCUCACAGUCAACCCCAUGUCUUCUCAGGCGCACCAUAACCUCGCCAAUCUUUACUGGAGAACAUGGAGGAGAGAGGAAGCUUUUGUCCACUACCGCAAGGCCCUUCAUAUUGAGCCCCACAACACUUUCUUUGUCUACGGCUUAGCAUCUGCGAUGCUCCAGUCUGAUGAAUCUCGUGAAUCUCUCGAGAACGCAAAGAUGUUGUUUCUCAAGGCCAUUACACUUUCGCCAAAUUUUGCAGAUGCGUAUAGAGGACUCGGUCAUGCUCUCCGGGAUCUCGGAUUCUACGAGGAAGCGUCGCGAGCGUAUCAAAAGUCGUAUCAGAUGUUCAGCCAUCUGAAAGGUGAACAACGGAUACUCCGUGCGCAUCAAAUCGAAGCAAAGCUCCUCCAUUUUAGCGCUCUCCUAGCCAUUUGUGAUUUACACAGCAUAGAAACCAUUCUCGCCGACGUCAAGGCGAGCCUUGGACAUUAUCUGGCAGGUCCUGACGAGGUGUCUUCGCACAAGGAUGCGAUCUCCUAUUACCUCGACGUGCACCCACUCAAUGUGAACCUCUAUGACAUCGCCCACAUUGUCGACCCCCUCGUCCUGUUGCAGAUUGCACGUAGGAGAGGAUACGCUCUCACGAAGCUUGUCAAAAGCACUAUUCUUUACCAGCAAAUUGAUUCGUCAAACACAUUUCAGAGAAAUGUCAAGUUGAAAAACGUUUUCAAGGUAGCAAUGCUAUCUUCACGAUUUGAUGGCGACCACUACAUUACGCAUGCCAUCAUCACUCUCCUCAAGGCAUGCAAGCCAGCACUUCUCAACGACAUCGUAAUUGAAUUUCAUGUCAUCUCUUCUGCGCGAGUAACCCCCACGAAGGAGCGCACGCUUGUGAUGGAGAAACUCAAGAACGAGUCUAAUUCAUUUAUCUAUGCAUACUCCAUGUCUUGGCAUCAAAUUGCACUUCACAUUAACAGCUUGAAUUGUCACUUGUACCUCGACCUCGACGGGUAUACUCGAGGAGCAAUGACAGAGGUGUCUGUACUUCAAGCUUCUCCUCUUCAAGCUCAUUGGUUCGGAAACUAUUCCAGUGACUUUGGAGGAUAUUCUUGGGGUGAUGCGAUGCCUACCCGACGAGAUUCCAGAGUUGUAGAUUGCGAGAUUUUGAUUCCAAAGAUGAAUCGAUCAAAGAUCAUCUUUGCCAACUUCAAUUCCCUUUACAAGAUUGAUCCAGCAUUAGUGAAUGUGUGGAAAUCAGCCCUCUUUUCUUCGAAUGACAAGUCCUGGCAACUCUGGAUAACAAACAGACCCAAGAAAGCAGCAGAAAAUUUGAAGAACCACUUGACAGACAGCAAGAAUGAAUUGAGGCAGUGGAGUGAAAGCGAGGAUGAGUCGCUUUCACAUCAAUUUUUCACAUCUCAAGAGAAAGAGAAAUUCUCCGAUGAGUUGAUACUUGUUACAGACUUGCAGUCAGCAAAGGACCAUAUCAGAGUCAAGUCCUGUGCCGAUAUUUUUCUCGACUCCUUCCGCCUUGGAAGUCACUCAACGGCUGCAGAUGCACUAGCCGCUGGCCUGGUGCUAGUCACUCUUCCGCAUAUAGGAGCGUUGUCUCGAGUUGCGUCAAGCUUACUGGCAGCCUCCGGUGCCAGUGCAACGAUUGUCAGAACCAGCCAAGAAUAUCACGACCUUCUUCAAGUUUGGACUCGACGGACUGUCUUGGGUGUGCGCUACAUGCGGAAGAGACUAUCAAGACGAGUUUACAGGUCGGAUAUCUGGAGGCACGAGCAAUGGGCAAAGAAAUGGAUCUCGCUGAUCCGCAUGUGGUGGGACGCGUAUGUGGCUUUGAGCUGCGAGUGGCAGCUGGUGGCUUCAUGAAGCAGCAGCACGUCCAUGAUGCCAGCAGCAAGCCCUCAUCAGCAGGCUGUAACUUCACAAUCAUCUGCCAACCCCUUCACUUGCUCAGCCGCUGGUCCGCCUGUGCCACCUCGAGCCCGAGACGUUUAAGUGCACGGGUCCGGUCUGAGUCGACAUUGUGUCUACAUCUUUCCGAUACUCUUGUCGUUUUCAUCCUCAGAAGCCAGCAAGAUCGCACAUGACAAAAAGACAUACAAAGCCUUUUCAUGUACAAUUUUUUUCACAAAAACAGCCAAGACUCGUUUGUUAGCAAUAUAUUUUUUGUGAACAAGU